UUUGCAUUGAAAAGCGUGUUUGUGUUGUGUUUUGCCUCAAGAAACUGAUCUGUGGUUACAUUUGUAGAUACAGUUAGUUAUCAGUGAUAUCUUGUGACAAAUCGGUGGCAGUGAUGGACGGAUCCGGCGGUAAACUGACGGGCGCUCAGAAGGAGGAGCUCAUGGAUACGGUUAAGCAACAAAUAGCGGUCGCCAACGCUCACGAGUUGCUCAAAAAAAUGACCGAAAAGUGUUUCAACAAAUGUGUCGUAAGGCCGGGCACUUCACUAGACAACAGCGAAACGAAAUGUCUGAACUUAUGUGUGGAUCGGUUUGUCGACGCAUACAAUAUCACAACCAAAUCGUACGGAACAAGGAUUCAAAGAGAAAAAGGCCUUUUUUAACGAUAAAAACUCGUUUCUCUAGUGUUCACUGAUCUGAGACUAAAAAUAAACUACAACUUAAGAUAGAAAAAGCCUUUUUAUACAUGUAUUCGAGUUUAAAAUUCAAUUAUAAUUAUGUAAAUAAGUGUAACACUUAUGAGAAACUAUUGUCGAGUGUAUGUGCGAGCUGUGAGUGUGGG